CGACCGCCAUAUUGCGUAAGGCCAGGACGGCCCGUCAAAAAUGUUAAGUUGCGGGAAAGUUAUCGGACAACUCACUAAAAUUUCAAGGCACGGACAAACUGUUUGUCUCCAUCGACCCCCGCAAUGCGCCGGUUUCAUUAGUUUCAAUAGUUUAUUAUACAGUGACGAUGCGAAAGACAAGAAGCCGUACAGACCACCCGGCACCACGGUCAAAGUAGAGGAAUGUCUUCCUGGGUCUACGUAUCAAAAUUCAAAAGCCACUCCAACUCCACCUAAAAUUAGUCGGCCUGUCUGUGAAGUCCGUCCCGAUGGGUUAUGUCCACCGUCGUGUUAUGAAGAAUGUAAUCCUGGUGGACAGGGUGGUAUACCUCCAUGUAGAGAACCUCUACUGGGAGAGGAACAAAGGAAACAGUUACGAUACUGGGCUAAAGUUCUAGCUGCAGUUUUUGUGGCUGGAGCAACUGCAUUUACGUUAUCUCGCUUGAAACUAUCCGAUGAUAAGGUAGUCAAAGAGGCUCCAAAAAAAGAGGAGAAAGAUAAAACAUGGCGUGGAAGGCAAACGGUAAAAGUCCCAGAUAAUUCUCAAGACAUACCAAAGAACAUCCCGUAUUUGUUAGUUGGUGGAGGAACGGCAGCAUUUUCUGCAUUUAGGUCUAUUAAAACUAGGGAUCCAAAAGCCAAGGUUUUAGUGAUAACGGAGGAAGGUGAUCUUCCGUACAUGCGGCCACCCUUGUCGAAAGAACUUUGGUAUAACACGGACAGAAGUAUAACUGCACAAUUAAAUUUUAAACAAUGGAAUGGCACUCAAAGAAGUUUGUUUUAUGAACCUCCGGAAUUCUAUGCAAACGUCCCAGAUAUCGCGGAGUCUGAAAAGGGUGGCGUUGCCGUGGCCAGAGGAUGGAAAGUAAAAAAAAUCGAUGUAGAAAAAAAAGUCGCUGUGUUGGAGAACGGUUACGAGAUUCAUUAUGAGAAGUGUCUCUUAGCGACAGGAGCUACGCCGAAGAACCUUCCUAUUUUCGAAACUGCAGAGGAUGACGUGAAAAAAAGAGUUAUACCAUUCAGAACAACGGAUGACUUCCUGGAGUUGGAAAAUAACAUUCACGAUCCGCAUGUGAAGAAUAUUGUCAUCAUUGGCGGCGGAUUUUUGGGGUCUGAACUUGCGUGUUCCCUCGCUCGAAAUUAUAGAGAAAACAAGAGAGUGUAUCAAGUGUACAAAGAGAAGUUCAUUAUGGCUCAAGUUCUGCCGGAGUAUCUAAGUGAGUGGACUACGAAGAGGGUGGUCGCAGAAGGUGUUCAGUGUAUACCCAACUCCGAAGUCGAAGAUCUCGAGUUGAAGAACGGAAAGCUAACUCUCUUCUUGACAAGUCAAAAUGCUAUCCAAGCUGACCAGGUCAUAGUGGCAGUUGGUGCCGAGGCCAAUACACAGUUGGCAGGCCCCUCCGAUCUAGAAGUCGAUCCUGAUGUCGGAGGUUUCCUCGUCAAUGCAGAAUUAGAAGCGAGAAGUGAUCUUUGGAUAGCAGGGGAUGCAGCAUGCUUCUACGAUGUCAGACUUGGCAGAAGAAGAGUAGAACAUCACGAUCACGCUGUCAUAUCCGGCAGACUCGCUGGUGAAAACAUGACAGGCGCCAGAAAGCCUUAUAUUCAUCAGUCCAUGUUUUGGUCGGAUCUUGGACCAGAGGUUGGCUAUGAAGCCAUAGGAAUAGUGGACUCUUCGCUGCCGACAGUCGGAGUGUUUGCAAAAGCAACGGAUGUAGACACACCACUUGCUGCGGUUAGUGCCUCCGAUGAGUCCCUCAGGUCUAAAAGCGAAGAGGAUGUUGCAUCAGGGAAAAGUCAGCCAAAGUUGAAAGCGGAGCUGAUGACCCAAGAAAUCCCCGAGGCUUUCCAGGAAAAGUGUGAUACCGACAAGGAUCCGGAGAAAGAAAUGAAAGUGAAGGACUUUGGAAAGGGAGUGGUCUUCUAUCUAAAGAAUGACAUCGUCGUAGGCAUCGUUCUAUGGAAUAUUUUCAACCGAAUGUCUAUUGCUCGACAGGUUCUUGCUAGAGGAGCACAAUACGACGAUCUGAAUGAUGUGGCGAAGUUGUUCACCAUCCACGAUGAUUGAAAGCAGCCAUGGUGUCAAAGUGUGGGCAUCGAUAUCACUGGAUGACUAUUUUGUAAAUAUUCCAACUGUCAGUCGGGUAAUUGCCAGGCUCCACGAUAACUCGUGGGAAUCCUAAACAGCAUUCGACGAGUCGUAGGAAAUAUAAAGUAGUACAAAUGACGUACUGUACCCAGGCCACGGUGUACAGACGUCACGGUUAACAGUGCGAGUGUUGUUCGGUGCAGCUUGGGUUUGCGAUGAGUAUCAGAGGGUGGGCACAUGUGAAGUGUAACAAAAUAAAGGCAAAAGGUAGAAACAGUGUCAACGAGUCGGAGCAGGAGGCGAGUGACAGUUGCCAAGGAAAACAGGUAUGUCUUUAAGUAAUAGACUCAAUGGAUUAUGAAUACAACGCACCGAUGUAUUAUAGAACACUCGCAGAUCACGUUACUAUGAUUCCCAGCAACACCUCUUUUCUACAUACGUGUACAUAUAGAGUGAUCUGUUAAAUGUAUUCCUUCUGUUCCAAUUUUUUAUUGAACAUAAAUGAUGCCGAAGCACUGGCGAUUGGCUGUGGGAA